AUGGAAAACGAAUUCAUUCCACUGUUAGGCGAAAGUUCCAAGUACGGGUCCGUUAAUGAAGACGUCGUGUUCAUGAGCACGACACCGACGAUGACCGGAGCUUUUGUGCGGCAACCGUCAAACGGUUCUGGUAAAUUAGUGUACUGCAUACAUGGCAAACCGUCCGGCUGUUGCGCCACUCUACAGGUGUCGACCGACGACAGCAAUUCCAACCACGAAACCCCCGACCCGUUAGACGCAAAACCGCCCAUCACAAUCUUCAAUGAACAUUGUCAUCCGAACCGAGAGAGUACGUCGAGCAGUCAGAAGGCCAGGCGAAAACUCAUAUUUGCCAGCAUACUAUGUCUCCUGUUCAUGAUCGGAGAGGGAGUCGGAGGGUAUUUGUCGAGCAGUUUGGCUAUCGCGACGGACGCGUCACAUCUCCUCACGGACUUCGCCAGCUUCAUGAUAUCGCUGUGCGCCAUAUGGGUGGCCUCGAGGCCGGCCACGCAGUCGAUGCCGUUCGGAUGGUACAGGGCCGAAGUUUUGGGCGCCCUCACGUCUGUUCUCCUCAUCUGGGUGGUCACCGGCAUUCUGUUGUACUUGGCCGUCGAGCGCCUCAGAGACAUGACGUACACCAUCGACGCCGACAUUAUGCUCAUCACGUCCGCCGUCGGACUGUGCGUCAACUUGGUAAUGGGCUUGACGCUUCACCAGCACUCGCACUCUCACGGUGGCGGCAGUAUAGAGUCGCACAGCCACGACGAGGCGACCGGCCGGAGCACUUCCAACAUCAAUGUUAGGGCCGCCUACAUACACGUCCUCGGAGACAUUAUUCAGAGCCUUGGCGUGUUGAUUGCCGCCGUUAUCGUUUACUUUAGAGUAAGUAUAUACGGGUAA